AUGAACGCAAAAUUUUAUGCACUUGUACUUGCAGCGCUGAUGCACUGCACACAUGCAAGAAUAUCGUUGGGCGAGGCCAUAGAGAUGCAAAGCACUGAAAUAGGAGAGAGCCGCGCCUUCAUCAACCCGAGGGGACCGCUCUGCCUGCUGCGCGGGCUCGUGUACUCCGAGCUGGGCUACAUGCACAACAAGCGCUUCUUUUCGCCCGAGAUAGAAACUGAGUACAAAGUGGAGCCCGUUGGGGAUACUGAAACCACAUGGAAGCACAAAUACACAAGAAACGCGCAGAAGGACAAACCCUAUCCGCCUGCAGAGGGGCCCGCUCUGAGCUCCAAGCCUGCUGGCAAAAACUACGCCGAGGAGUACCACCGCGCGCUCAUCGAGAUGCUUCCGUCGACAGACGGGCGCACUCUGUCUGUGGCUGUCGACCGAGAUGACUCCUUCUUCCAGUUUCUGCAGGGGAUGCCCACCAAACAGCACGCGCACUACGUGCUGGCCGCGCUCCUCCUGCUGAGCGAGGGCGUCGACGUGCCCAUCAAGGCCACACAGAAAAAGAUCACACUGGGAACAAGCAUUCUUGGCAACUUGCCGCCAGAGCACAGAAAAACUGUGGCAGAGGAAAGCAGCACAGUGCUUAAAACAAAAAAAGACUUGUGCAAAAAGGCUGCCCAGGUCAUAAACUUCUUCAAAGCCAGCAAGGGCAAAGGAAAACUGCCGGACACGCUAGAGGCCUUCAGCACCGGAGAGUUUCUAAACACGCCGCAGUUCCUCAUCCAGGCGUACAUAUUUGAGUACAUCACGAGCAAGGACGACGCCCUGGACUUCGCAGCGUGCGUGCACAGCAUCCUCAAAAGUCUGCCAGAAGACAGCUGCAAAGACGCAUACAACGCGUGCUUUGUGGAGAGCAAGGCAAAGGCUGAGGAAGGCAAGCUUCUGCGCCCGCUUGUGCAGAUUCAAGAAAGAAUGAAGAUUCUACAGUCGUUCCCGUUCGCCAUCCCAAGCAUGCUGCCGGCGUACACAAGCGUGCAUGCCUGCAAGAGAGGCCAAACCGAGUUUCUGGAGGAAACCUUCAGCAACUGCGUAGAGACAGGCCUAUUUGCGCUCUUCUGCUGCCUUGCACACGACCCAGUCCAGAAAAAGUACAAAGCCGACACCAUGCUCGGCGAGGCAAAGAAGGAUGAUAAAACAGAGGCUCUGCAUACAUUCUUCCAGUUGGAAAGUGUCACCCCAAAGGUGUGCGCCACCAAAGAGACGAUGCAGGAGUGGAACCGCGUGGUGUCUGACCUGCAAAGCGAGCACAUCGCGUACAAAAGGGAGAGCAGCAACGAGGUGCGCUCCGGAAUUUUUAACGCUCUCUACGUUAUCGCAGAGGCAGCAGGCAAGCAGAAGGAGGAAGAGCCAAGGAUACGCGAGCUUGCGCAGAUGCUAGAAGACUCCGAGGUUGAUGAAGACUUUGAAGACGUGUUUGAAAAAACAAAAAAGUAUGUAAUAGAGCUUUUCGCGUCUCUCUCCGUGGAUAAAUCCUUAAAAGUCGAAUUCUCCGGCUUGAAGGUCGACGCCCGGAGCGAUGAGCAGAAAGACCUCUAUGGAGAGAUCACCCUGAAGUACACAAACAAAGACAAAAUGAUAGCGCAGGGAGUAUGCCUUGCCUUUAAGCCUGGACACCUUACAGUCACCCUGUGUCCGUGGGUCUUCCUUUCUCUUAACAGCGAAGAAAAAGAGGCCUUCUUUGCGGUGGACGGCUGCCCAGAGCCCGAGGCCUUUGCCGAGUGUCUGUUUGCCGGGUACGCAGACGCGUGGAGGGCCAGGGGCCUGGGCCCGCAAGGGAAAAUGCUUGCUGAACGCAUUCUAGAGGCCACAGGCCGCCUGGCGGCAGAUGCAGCUCCAGAGCACCCAAACGAGCUUUUGGUGCUGGGGCUGGCUUUAAAGCAGGACCAGGCAUUCGCAAUCACCAAGGACUUCAUCCUGCGUGCAGCAGCAAAAGGUACCGAGCUCACCCAGAAGCACCUGAGCGUGCGCUUCCUCUCGAACCUGCUCGGCAGCCUUCCGCUGAAUGGCUAUAUAACGCAAUCCAAUGCGCUGGCGAAUAUAGUAUGUCUGGAUAUGCUGGGCACGCUAUUUCCAAAAAUCGCCCUGUCAAAGAAAACAACUUCUACGCUCUAUGGAAACCCAUACAACGUCAUUGGCGUAUGGAGGUACACCGGAGCCAACUGCGCGCCCGCAGGGAACGCCAUCAUGAAGUACCUUACAGAGUACACCGCUAAGUCGGGCAAGCCUCUUUUCCGGUGCGAACUACUAACAAAGAAUUUCAACAUCUCUAGCAUGUUUCCCCUUUUGCUCGCAGACAAGUCAACGCGCCACACAGACGAAAUUGGCACACUCCUUCUCGACGUGGAGGAGGAAGACCGGAAGGAGGCACUGGACACCAAGGCGGUCUUCGACCUCCUCCUGUUCCUCGUCAGCUUGAAAAAAGAUAGCACCCCGCCUGAGCUGGUGCUUGCUCUAUGGAGAAGGGUUGGGCUAAACUCGAUCGAGGCGUACAGACCCAGCUAUUAUAUAGAGAGCGAUGAAGCCUCUUUUUUUCUGCACGAUCUGGAGAUGCGCCGGAGCGCUCUGUCGCAGGUGCCCGGCGGAGAAGAGGUGUUCAACGGCGUGGUGGGCCUGCUCCAGUCCAUAGUAGACCAGAAAAACUAG